AUGGAUAACCUUUCUCAAUGGCAAAGACCAAACCUCAAGGCUCAUUUCAAAAAAGUAUGGUGGGCAGCUUUCUUUGUGAUUAUAUGGACACUUUGGAAAGAGAGAAAUGAAAGAAUAUUCAAUAACACUUCUUCCUCUAAGAAGGCUCUAUGCGAUUUAAUACUUCUCCGACUUGGAUGGUGGAUCUCAGCUUGGGGUUCUUUGUUUCCUUACUCCGUUAAUGAAAUCACUCGAAAUCCUUCCUGUCUAGCAUGGUCCGAAAUCUGCCCCUCAAAAACUCAUCAUGGCCCUUCCUCACCAAAUUCAAGCUGGAGUGCCCCUCCCCCGAAUUAUCUAAAAUGGAACGUGGACGCCUCUCUUACCUCAACUUCUCACUGUUCAGCUAUUGGAGGAGUUCUCCGGGAUAGCCUUGGAAAAUUCAUAUGUAUGUUCUCGGCUCCGACUCCGCUUAUGGAGAUCAACAGCGCAGAAGUUCAUGCCAUCUACAGAGCAAUCCAGAUCUCAGCAGCAAAUGACCUUACGCGCCACAGUAACAUCAUCAUCGAAUCGGAUUCUCAAAAUGCAGUCAAAUGGUGUAAUUCGUCAGGAACUGGACCAUGGAAUCUCAAUUUCAAGAUCAACUUCAUCAGAAACGCAAUGUCAUCAUGGGAAUCUCUUUCCAUAAUUCAUCAAGUGAGAAGUUCAAAUCAUGUAGCAGACUCCUUAGCUAAACAAGGACUUCAUAGAAAAUCUGAAUUCCUUGCAUGGUUGUAA